UCGACCUUAUAAAUUCCUCUCGUUGGGUCGGUUUACUCCCAGAGCUUCGCACUCCCUCCAACCCUAACCAGUAGAUAAGCUAGACGAGGAAGCGAUCGGAGGAAGAAGAAGCACCCAAACCCUGCGCUCCUUCGAUUCUCCUCCAUCCGUUCCCCUGCGUACCGCUCUAUAUGAUUUCUCGGAAAAGAGUUGUGGAAGCUGAGAUCGACCAGGACCAGGCGGCUGCUGUGGCUGACGAGACUUUGCAUAAGAGGACGAGAGAGGACUUGCUGAUCUCUUCGGCUGUGGCUGAGGAGACAUCGGUGAUGGAGGUGGAUAACAGCCAAGUCAAUGGGAUGCAGAUUGAUGCGGAUGGGAGCAAGCCAGAUGACAUCGACGAGGACCUCCACAGCAGGCAGCUGGCCGUGUAUGGACGGGAGACGAUGCGUCGACUUUUUGCCUCCAACGUUCUUGUUUCUGGCCUUCAGGGUCUCGGUGCUGAGAUUGCGAAGAAUCUUGUUCUUGCUGGUGUAAGAUCUAUCACUUUGCAUGACGAAGGGAAUGUGGAAAUGUGGGACUUAUCUAGCAAUUUCUUUUUCUCUGAGGAAGAUAUAGGUAAGAACAAGGCACUUGCAUGCGUUCUGAAGCUGCAAGAACUGAACAAUGCUGUUGUAGUCACUACUUUGACUGGAAAUUUAUCUAAGGAGAAACUCUCUAGUUUCCAGGCUGUUGUUUUCACUGAUGUAAGCAUAGAAAAAGCACUUGACUAUAAUGACUAUUGUCACAAUCACCAACCGCCAAUUAGCUUCAUUAAGUGUGAAGUGCGAGGUCUUUUUGGUGGUGUUUUCUGUGAUUUUGGUCCAGAGUUCACUGUUUCUGAUGUUGAUGGCGAGGAGCCACAUACUGGUAUCAUUGCAUCUAUUAGUAAUGAUAAUCCUGCUAUGGUAACAUGCGUGGAAGAUGAGCGGCUUGAGUUCCAGGAUGGAGAUCUUAUUGUCUUCUCUGAAGUCGAAGGGAUGACUGAACUAAAUGAUGGAAAGCCCAGAAAGAUCAAAAGUGCAAGGCCAUAUUCAUUCACUCUUGAGGAAGACACAACCAACUUUGGUGCAUACAAGAAAGGUGGAAUAGUUACACAGCUGAAGGAACCCAAAAUCCUUAAAUUCAAGCCUCUAAAAGAUGCUCUAAGGGAUCCAGGGGAAUUUCUCUUGAGUGACUUCUCCAAAUUUGAUCGUCCUCCUCUUUUACAUUUGGCUUUUCAAGCAUUGGAUAGAUUUAGGCAUGAGAUGGGGCGAUUUCCUCUUGCCGGAUCAGAGGAGGAUGCUCAGCAGAUGAUAGCUUUUGCUAUCAACCUGAACGAAAGCAUGGGUGAUCAGAAGCUUGAAGAAUUUGAUAGGAAAAUUCUGCGGUACUUUUCUUAUGGUUCCCGGGCAACAUUGAAUCCAAUGGCUGCAAUUUUUGGUGGUAUCGUUGGACAAGAGGUUGUGAAGGCUUGUUCUGGAAAAUUCCAUCCACUUUUUCAGUUUUUUUACUUCGAUUCACUUGAAUCCCUCCCUGUAGAGCCGUUGGAACCUAGUUAUUUUAAGCCACUGAAUCACAGGUAUGAUGCUCAGAUCUCUGUGUUUGGGUCCAAGCUUCAAAAGAAACUGGAAGACGCCAAAAUAUUUAUUGUUGGGUCUGGUGCCUUGGGGUGUGAAUUCUUAAAGAAUCUAGCAUUAAUGGGUGUUUGUUGCAGUCCGGAGGGAAAGCUCACUAUAACUGAUGAUGAUGUAAUUGAGAAAAGUAAUCUCAGUCGUCAGUUUCUCUUCAGGGAUUGGAAUAUUGGGCAAGCCAAAUCCACUGUAGCAGCCACAGCUGCCUCAUUAAUCAACCCCAAACUUCAUAUUGAGGCUCUCCAAAACCGUGCAAGCCCUGAGACUGAAAAUGUGUUUGAUGAUGCAUUUUGGGAAAGCUUAGACACUGUUAUUAAUGCACUCGACAAUGUAACAGCAAGAAUGUAUAUUGAUGGUCGGUGUCUAUAUUUCCAAAAGCCUCUUCUAGAAUCUGGAACUUUAGGUGCCAAAUGCAAUACACAGAUGGUCAUUCCUCACUUGACCGAGAACUAUGGAGCCUCUAGAGAUCCACCUGAGAAGCAGGCACCCAUGUGCACUGUUCAUUCAUUCCCCCAUAACAUUGAUCACUGUCUAACAUGGGCUAGAUCUGAAUUUGAUGGUCUUCUUGAGAAAACACCAAAUGAAGUGAAUACAUUCCUAUCUAAUCCAGAUGUGUAUGCUUCUUCUAUGAGAAAUGCUGGAGAUGCACAGGCUAGGGAUCUUCUUGAACGUGUUCUUGAGUGCCUUGACAAGGAUAGAUGUGAGUCAUUCCAAGAUUGUGUUAGUUGGGCACGUCUAAGGUUUGAAGAUUACUUCUCCAAUCGUAUGAAGCAGUUAACAUUUACUUUCCCUGAGGAUGCAGUUACAAGCAGUGGUGCACCUUUCUGGUCUGCUCCUAAACGAUUUCCACGACCGUUGUUGUUCUCUGCUAGUGAUCCCAGUCAUAUUCAAUUUAUUAUGGCUGCUUCUAUUCUUAGAGCUGAAACAUUUGCAAUUCCUGUUCCUGAUUGGGCCAGAUACCCAAAGAAGAUAGCUGAUGCUGUUAAUAAAGUUAUAGUCCUUGAAUUUCAGCCUAAGACAGAUGUUAACAUUGUAACUGAUGCAAAAGCUACUAGCCUUUCGACUGCUUCCAUCGAUGAUUCUGCAGUCAUCAAUGACCUUAUUACAAAGCUUGAAGAAUGUUCCAAGAAACUUCCCACAGAAUUUCGUAUGAACCCAAUUCAGUUUGAAAAGGAUGAUGACACCAACUACCAUAUGGAUUUUAUUGCUGGGCUAGCUAACAUGCGUGCAAGAAACUAUAGCAUCCCGGAAGUUGAUAAACUGAAGGCCAAGUUCAUAGCUGGGAGGAUCAUCCCAGCGAUUGCUACCUCAACAGCUAUGGCGACUGGUUUUGUGUGCCUCGAACUUUACAAAGCACUUUCUGGAGGGCAUACGGUGGAGGACUACAGAAACACAUUUGCUAACCUUGCUCUACCUUUGUUCUCCAUUGCUGAGCCCGUUCUGCCUAAGACAAUCAAGUACAGAGAUAUGAGCUGGACAGUGUGGGAUCGCUGGAUCAUUAAGGGUGAUUUUACACUUCGGCAACUGCUGCAAUGGCUCAGGGACAAAGGGCUGAGUGCUUAUAGUAUUUCCAGUGGAACUUCUUUACUCUAUAAUAGUAUGUUUCCUAGGCACAAGGAUCGGAUGGAUCGGAAGGUGGUUGAUCUAGUUAAAGAGGUCGCUAAGGUUGAAAUACCUGCUUACAGGCGCCAUAUUGACGUUGUGGUGGCUUGUGAAGAUGAGGAGAAUGGGGAAGAUGUUGACAUCCCAUUGGUGUCAAUUUACUUUUGCUAGUCGUGCUCUAGAUUGUAGGAUCCAUGAGACGGAUGGUCAUUAAUUCUCUAGACCUUUUUCCCCCCCAAACCUAUAUUGAACGCAAUGGGCAUCACAUUGUCACCACCUGUUUUUUUAUGGUACAAUUACAAUUAUGAAGACUUAAAAAAAAGGAAAAUGAGUUUUAUUUA